UUCUCGAUGGUUUGUUUGUUUGCGUUCAUAAAUUUUAUCAACAACUUGAUUCGAUUGGAUGUAAACAUUGCCAUUUAUUUGGAAAUUUAUUGGUUUGGAGUCAUAAAGUACCAUAAUGCACGAUUUGCUUAUUAAUGUCGCCAAAGAAGAUGAUAUUGUUCAGAUUAUCCACCUUAUUAUCGAUCACCGUUUGGAGUUACCCAAAUCAGCUUCCACUCGGGCCAAGCUAGCAUCCGCCCUAAAUCUAGCCAGCGCAUCCUCGGAAGAUCUUACCGUUACGCUUCGCCUGUUGGAAAAUCUACUUCGGCAGUACUGUCUGGGAGAGAUCAACGAAUCCGAGCUGAAAGCUCACUUCUCCAAUCUGAGCCCGCCGAUGCAGGGCGCCUUGGUCGAAGCGGUUCAGCUUCGAAAACCGGAGAUUUGCCAGUUUCUCGUCAACGAGAUCAACGCCAAAGACCAUCUGCUGAUGGAAUCGUUCGAUUGGGACGUAAAGUGGAUCAUGGGCAAUAGCAGUUUGGCUUCCGCGAGGGAGCAGAUCGCUACGGUUGUGCUGAACUGUCGAGGUAAAGAUCAGAAGCUCAAGGCGAUGCGCUUCGAGAUGAGCCGGGAACGGUUGGCUGAGUUGAUAGGAGUGUUGGAGCAAUGCGAGGGAAGUGGUGUUGAUAAAUAAAGUAGAAUAUGUACAUAA